GGCAAGUUUUAAAUGAGAGACGUGUCCGUCAGUCAGCCAAAAGUCAAUUUUCAUAAAAUCGAAUUGCUGGAACUGAUGUAUGAAAAUAUAAUAGUUGCAAUAAUUUAGAAUAGUUAACAAUAUAAACGCAAGUCAAAAUGCCGGCCACCGCCGUUGCGACGCCGGGCAAUGGCCACAACAAGGGAAUAUUUCAUAAUACUACCGGCUUCAGUACACUCAUCACUGUUACAGUUUUGUCCCUCGCUUGGCUGGCCGGUUUUGCGUCCCGUUUAUUUGCUGUAAUUCGAUUUGAAAGUAUAAUCCACGAAUUCGACCCAUGGUUCAACUAUCGGUCCACAGCAUACAUGGUCCAGCAUGGUUUCUACAACUUCUUGAAUUGGUUUGACGAGCGAGCAUGGUACCCACUCGGCCGUAUAGUCGGUGGUACUGUGUACCCUGGUCUCAUGUUGACAUCGGGCACCAUUCAUUGGAUUCUACACGCACUAAAUAUUCCUAUACACAUAAGAGAUAUAUGUGUCUUUCUAGCUCCGGUGUUCAGUGGUCUAACAGCUAUAGCAACAUACCUUUUAACAUCAGAGUUGUGGUCAAGAGGUGCUGGCCUUUUUGCUGCAUGUUUCAUAGCAAUUGUACCAGGCUACAGUAGCCGUUCUGUAGCAGGAAGCUAUGAUAAUGAGGGUAUAGCUAUAUUUGCUCUCCAAUUUACUUACUACUUGUGGUUAAAGAGUGUCAAGAGUGGAUCUGUAUUCUGGUCUAUAUGCACAGCACUUUCAUACUUUUACAUGGUGUCAGCAUGGGGUGGUUACGUAUUUAUUAUAAACUUGAUCCCAUUACAUGUGUUUGUACUGCUCAUCAUGGGGCGGUUCUCGCAGCGUUUGUUUGUGAGUUACACAGUCUUCUACAUAGUGGGAUUACUGUUGUCUAUGCAGAUACCAUUUGUCGGAUUUCAACCAAUUCGAACUAGUGAACACAUGGCUGCUUCAGGGGUGUUUGCUCUUCUUAUGGCCAUUGGUGCCCUAAAGUACUUGCACAGUUUAAAUCCUAAGGGGCAAUGGAAGCAGCUGCUGAUUGUUGGAGGAUUGUUGGCAGCUGCAGCUGUGUUCAUAGCUGUAGUUUUGCUUACUUAUAUGGGAGUCAUCGCCCCUUGGAGUGGACGAUUCUACUCUCUAUGGGAUACAGCGUACGCCAAAAUUCACAUUCCUAUCAUCGCGUCAGUGUCGGAACAUCAACCGACGACAUGGUCUUCCUUCUUCUUUGACCUUCAUGUGUUGGUGUGUACAUUCCCGGUGGGUCUGUGGUACUGCAUUAAAAACGUCAAUGAUGAGAGAGUGUUUGUGGCAUUAUACGCGUUGAGCGCAGUAUACUUCGCGGGUGUGAUGGUGCGUCUAAUGUUGACUCUCACACCGGUUGUAUGCGUAUUGUCCGGGAUUGCAUUCUCGAUACUAUUAGACUUGGUGCUUCGUGAAGAUGAGAUCCCGGCACCUUCUGUGGAGACGGAGGAAUCCAAAAACUUGUAUGAUAAGGCUGGUAAAGUAAAGAAGCGUACACACGAAGCGGCUCCAGCGGCAGACGCGGGUCUCGGUAUGAACGUGCGCUCGGGCACUUUAAUAGCGUUCAUGAUCUUACUUAUGCUGUUUUCUGUACACUGUACGUGGGCCACGUCGAACGCGUAUUCUAGUCCUAGCAUUGUGCUAGCCAGCUACGGAAACGAUGGAUCUCGUCGUAUUUUGGACGAUUUUAGAGAAGCUUACGGAUGGCUCUCACAAAAUACUGCUGAUGAUGCAAGAAUCAUGUCCUGGUGGGAUUAUGGCUACCAAAUAGCGGGAAUGGGCAACCGAACAACCCUAGUGGACAACAAUACUUGGAACAACUCUCACAUAGCGUUAGUCGGCAAAGCUAUGGCUAGCAACGAGAGUGCAGCAUACGAGAUAAUGACGAUGUUGGAUGUGGACUACGUUUUGGUUAUAUUCGGGGGAGCCAUUGGUUAUUCGGGGGAUGACAUCAACAAGUUUAUAUGGAUGGUGCGGAUCGCGGAGGGAGAACAUCCUAAGGACAUUCAUGAAGCAGACUACUUCACGGAGAGAGGAGAGUAUAGAGUAGAUUCGGAAGCGUCGAAGACUAUGUUGAAUUGUUUGAUGUACAAAUUAUCAUACUAUCGAUAUGACAGUGGCGGCAGUCCGCCAGGCUACGACCGCACCCGGGGCGCGUUGCCAGGCAAUCGCGGCUUCAAGCUCACAUAUCUGGAGGAGGCCUACACCACAGAGCACUGGCUCGUCAGGAUAUACAGGGUGAAGAAACCAGAUGAGUUCAACCGCCCUCGAUUGCCCCUAGCGAAGAGAUCAAUAUCAACUGCCAGUACGAUGUCUAAAAAGCUACCUGUUGAGAACGGACAAGUGACAUCGAAGAGAAGAAAAGGAUUGCUCAAGAACAAGCCGACGGUGGUCAAAGGCAAGAAAGUAAGACUAGAGUGACGACCUAUGAACGCGCACUCCCGCCUAAUAAGGUAACCUCCCCAUAUCAGUGGUAAUUUUGCAACGGGUUUGUGGCGUAACAAGAAAAAAAAAAUAUAACUAAACGACGUUUCUUUUCAAUCUGUACAAACAAACCAACACCAAUGUCCAAUUGUUUUUAAAGUAUUUCGAAAUAAAUAAAAGUAAAUUUAAAUGUACGUUAGUAUAUAUUUUCG